AUGUAUGUGGCAUCAGAGAAGGUUUCGUGGUUUGAUCCCGCCCUGUUGACAUCGGAGCACGUGGCAUCCGAUAUCGAUGACUCUCUCGAGAUCAAGGAAGUUGUCAUGGAGGUGACACGCCGGCGCUUUGAAGAACAAACGCUUGCAGAUUGUGCACAGAACAGUAGAAGUGUACACGCUGCUGUUAGGGCGUUUUACCGUGACGCGGAGAAGAAGGGUGUGGCGACGGCAAUUCCAUCGAUUGGAUACCGCAUGGAACGCCCAGCAUGCCCCAUUGACCACAACGUGGAGCCCUUUGCACAUGUUGUUGUGGCUGGUGGAAUUUACGCCGUGGUGACGGAGCAAGUGCCACAACAUUUAUACUUUUUUGAUCAGGAGAAAGACAUUGCCAUCAGUCGCCUGAAGCUUGCCAGUGAUGCGAAGACGUCAGAUGAAUCACCGGCUGCUGUAAAGUUUUUUAUCGAUGAAAAAGAUGCCGUCUCAGCGCUUUUUCUUGACCCACGGGGGAACUUCUGUGUGGUGCGGUGGCGAUCAGGCAAGGCGGCAUACUACCACAUUCCUCACCGUCGUUGCCAUCGACGUCAUCAUUCUGAGGGCUGGCCCGCAGAAGGCAUGGAGGCUGGAGGAGAUGAAGAAAGGUCUGAGGAAGACAUGACGCCCCGGCGAUUUCCGCUGCAGUUUUCUUCAAAUGUCACCGGCAUGUUACAACCAUUUCACCUGGAAUGCGUCGCGUGGGACCUCAAUAACAAGAGUGAUACGACAACAGGUGAGAUUAUUCUUGGCUCCAGCAGUGGUGGGGUCCUUCUUGCGUGCCGUUUGGAGACCCACGGCAUCUUUGAAGCCCGUAAAUUGUACCAAUUUCCACAACCAUACAGCACCCAGCCUAUUGACAGCGUGGCGUACAUGGUAGAUUCACAAUCGCCUGAACACCCACGUCACCAUGUAGUGUUUAUUGCUCAGAAUAGUCGUUUAUUUGUUUUUUCUUCGCUAUGGGGACAGGGUGGUAGACUUGAGGCCGCAUUUGAUACAAACCUAAUGAAUUGCAAGAAUGUUGUGCCACGCUCCAAUUCUGCAACCUUGUACCCUGGUUCAUCGUUGUCAUGUGCUGGGUUGAGUGGCGGUAGUUUGAUGAAUUACAUCAGUAUCAGCAAAGAGGCGUCUACGAAGACGAUGAUGACGACGACGGCGAAUAUUACUACUGCAACAACCACAAAUGCUGCCACCCCUUCCCCUGUUUUAUCUUCCUCUUCAAUUAGGUGCCGUCACAGGGCUCUCUCGAGCACCGUCGCUCAUGUAGACACGAAAGUCACACAUGCCUCUCCGGAUGCUUUGAUGCCGCGUCUUUUUUCACAAGUGGCUAUUCUGGAUCCCCGCGAGUUGAUUCCCACGAAGCCAUCAUCAUUACGUGUGCCGGCAGCAGAAGGAGGAGGGGAAGCCAAUAAAGAUCAUGACGCUAGACGGAAUUCUGUACCCGGGGCUGACGCGGACAAACUUCCACAUGUUUUUUUUUGGCAGUACGGUGAUACUCUAACGCAUGGUGUUAUCAUGUUGACGGGCCCAGUGAGUACAUUGACAGAGGAGGCUUCUUUAGCAGCGCUUUCACCUUCUCUGCAGCAAAAAACCAAGGGAUUUGGUUUCUCGGCACUGCGGCCAACAGGUCUUCCGCCUCUGCCUAAUACGCGCUUGCCCUUGAACCUGUGGCAAAGUCUAUUGCCCAUUGGUAUUCUCAGCGUGGUGGAUCUUGGCCGGCUUCUGCGAGAAUUCUCUGCGUUUCUGCAGCCACAAAAAGGGGGCACGACGCAAAGACCACCGAUGUUUCGUUUUAUGCCCGCCAGAAGAGAAAAAAAUGUGACAACCGAAAAAUUACCACCACGACCUCUUGGAGUGGGUGACAUUGAGCGGCUCUUAUUAAUUCGCCAGGGUGUGCAAUACGGAUGUGGGGGGCGUUUUAUUUUGCCCAGACUCCCGGCAAGUCGCUUGGCUGCAGACGAGUUGAUUCUUCCAAAGGCGGUGGAGAUUCGAACGAGAGAGAAGGAGCCACAGAGCGCGGAGAGCCUUGUCUCCUUUGCGAUGGGGUAUGGCUACUUGUUGCUCACCACGACACGCGCCGUGUACGCUUUUUGUCACCUUGCGGCAUUGCCUUUGCCGCAGGAGUCAUUUCAAUGGAAGAAUUCCCUUGUAUUUACUCGGGGGCUUGCAACCCCAACAGUGGGAAACACAGCUGCAGGAGCUUGCGAGAAUCAUGCGAUGAUGGCAUUCUGUUCUCGUGACUGGGGCCGCUCGCAGGUAUUUCAUUUGUUUGCCACAUCGUACAUUGUUGAACUUCGACUUCGUCGUCGUCGUCGUGCGCAGUACGUUGCACAGCUAAUGGAUGCCGUCAAUUCUAUCAACGUUGUUGCCGUGAAUAAGAUCACCUCUGAGAAUACCGAGACGGAGGGCACACAAGGAGGAGAGGCACGGACGAUGGAGUUGAACAGUCAACAGAUGACGUUGCCGCAGAAUGUUUCCUGGCGACCCCGAGUGUCAUUGCAGCCGGUAAGUCUUCGCACACCGCCGGGCCCAGAAAGUCCUUUAAGCCCUAUUUCGGUUAUUCCUUCCCGCAGCAGCGAGUCUUUGUCAUCUUUUUUUACAACAUCUUAUAAACUACCCUUGAGAUGCACCAACGACGAGCUUCAAUUUGAGGAGUGGAUCAGGAAUCAUAAGGAUAAGGUGGUAAAUAUUCCACACAUGGGUACACUGGGAGGACACAUAGAGGCGGGACUACGUACGAUGUUACAUUACGACACGGACUUUUUGUACGGCAUGGCGCUACGACUUGCUGCAUGUUCUUCCUUGGAAAGGGAGAGAUGUGAUCUACUGCCGCGUGUUCGGCAUGUGUACGCAAAGCGGCUAUUUCGUCAAGGCCGUUUUCUUGAGGCGGCAGCCCAGCACGGACUGGCAAUGGAGGGCCCACCGUAUUUGAAUACACUUUUGCUGGAGUUUUCACGGGUCGCGACGGAUGACAUGGAACCGCUUAUUCUUUUUUUAAUCUUACGGCUGCGCGGGUAUGAGCGACAGAAAUCGAAUGGUGAAACAUGUAGCCUGGAGUUAACUUGCCUCACAACAUGGCUUGUCUCCCUCCUUCUUGAGCGUUGCAAUCAAAUUGGGAAGGAACGACAAGGCAACGGGGAAUGUUCUGGUUUGCCUGCAUUGGUAACCGUGUCUGUGGCCAAUCCUGCCAUUGUCACCUCGUCAGUGGGCGCAGAGAAGGCAGUGGGUGAAAAUCGACGUUCUCUCGAGAUGACGGCAUAUCUUCGCCGCAAGUAUAAUUUGAAUAAUCCACGGCAGUUGCUGGAUCAAAUCUUUGUACGAUACGGUGCAUUUGUGCAGUGGAAAGCGAUUUGCGCAGCCGUCUUUGGCAUAGCGAGCGCCGAACUGGCCAUUUUAAUUUGCGAACGAUUGGGUCAUCAUGGGGAGCUACUUUCGCGCCUUUUCCUGCAGCAGGAACGGCAACUGGAUGGACUUGUAUGUCUUGAAAGAAAUGGAACUGGAGUUUGCGCUUCUGCCUUAACAAAAACAACAACGUCAGUAACAACACUUUUAAAAGAAGAUCAAUUGAAUCAGCUCAAUCAAUCGUUAAAAACAUAUUGGCUGAAGUAUGCAUCUAUACUUAUGCGUUUUUGUCCUUGCCGCUUUGUGCGUCGCGGACUAAUUCCAUUUGGCUCAGAUUUGGGGUUAAAUCCCAUGCAGCUCUUCCCUGCGUUGUUGCUUUAUGACCCACGGCGUAACGAGAGGGCGUUUGAGGUGGACGGCGCGAUAGAAGUGGUCUUACAGCGGCAUAUGAUUGAGGAAUCCUUAUUAGAAGAAGAGCGAGCCCGUGCGACUUACCACGCUGCACAACUGUACUUGGAGCAUGUUAUCUACACGGAGGGUUAUACAAACGAAUGUCUUUUGAAUUUGUUGAUGUACUUUACGGCAAGAGAUGGAGAUGAUGCCGCAUUGACUCGUUUUUUUACCGAGUUGUGUGCAAACCACAUUUCACAUCGCCUUGAAGUAUCUUAUGCCUACCGUGUUUGUUCGCGGUUUGGGAGGCAUGUGGGUUGUGCCUGGACUUGUUUCAUCACUGGACGCUAUGAGGAAGCGAUACAGUUGGCGAUGAAAAUACGAAACGAGGAGCUUGCAAUACAUUUUAUCCGCAGUAUCAGAGGUAAUGAUGAGAAGGAGAUUCGUCACAUGCUAUGGAAAAGGCUUGCUACCGCAACGGCUAAAAACGGGGGUGGUGGGUCAAGACGUGCCCUGCAGCUUAUUGCGGAGAGUGAGGGUGAUUUGAACGUCAGUGAUGUACUGCCGCAUCUUUCUGGCGACGUGAUGAUGCAGGAGUUUCGGGAAGAACUUCUUGCGAGUGUGUCGAUCUUCAGUAAUACUCUGGUGAGUAUCAAGCAGGCAAUUGAGGUGUCUUUGAAGGACGUGGAGGCAAUAAAACGAGACAUGGAGAAUAUUCAGCGACGUCCCUUAAAGUUGCCAUCGACGCAGCGUUGUGCCGUAUGUGGAAAGGCUGCAUUGACGCGGCCAUUUGUAGCGUUUAAUGGAUGUCGACAUGUUUACCAUAAGAGGUGUUUUGAUGCCUGUCGUGCGAAAAUGGAGGAGCAACUUCGCUCUCUUAAGGAUGUGUCCACUUCACUGCCGGUGCACACAGGGGAAGAGAUUGAGUGCAUGCCUCUUGCAGAUGUGGAGUUGGAGUGUGUGUUUUGCAGUCGUAGAUAUCUGCGGCUGUUUCUGACAGUUCCAUUAUCGAAUAAUAUCACGAGCAGUUCACUGCGACUGCCAUAG